CAUAAAGUAAGUAACUUGUAAAAUGUUGUUGAGCCUCAUCACUCAUUUAUUAAUUAACCUUGGAUUGUGAGGAACAUCUACCCAAAACAUACACAAACAGAAAAUGACUGGAAAACAGUAGUGGCUUUAGAGUGAUUACUGGAUUAGCCGAUGUUUUAUAACAAUUUUCAAAACCUCGUUUUCCUCGACCCAAUUGAAUUCAACACAUCAGAGAGAGAGAGAAAAUCAGAAAGUAGAUAUGUAAAUGAAUUGGGUAAUUCAUGUUGUUGAUGAUGAUAGUUUUCAUUUGAAAAUGGCCCAGAAAUCACCAUAAUUCUAAGGUUUAAAGCUGAUUUAUUUAUUUAUUUCAUUCAGAGUCAUAAAUGGCCCCAAUUGAUCCCACCACUGAACCAUCCAAAGAAGCAUACAAUCAUGGGAUGGCACUCGAUGUUGAUAAUAAGAGAGUCCAAUGUUGUUACUGUGGCAAAAUUGUUCCGGGGUUUAACCGCCUUCAGCAUCAUUUGGGAGGGAUAAGGGGGAAUAUAACCGAGUGUCCGGAUGUUCCGGUUGAGGUGAAGGACUUUUUUAGGCAUAGCUUGGUGUCUGUGAAAGUAGAUCACUUAGUGAAGGAGAUUGGUGAGUUAGACCACCCUAGUCCUCCUCUGAAGAGGACUCGUACCUCGAAUGUGAAAGCGAAUGGGGUGAAGUCACAACAGGCUGUAAGCCCUCAGAAUGGUGCCACCAUUGCUAGAAGUAGUUUGAGUAAACCAACUUGUUACUACAAAAGAAGGUUGACUUCUCCAAAUGGUAAUGCUGGCAAAAACGGGCUAGAUUUGGACUCUAUUAAGGGUAAACGAAGCAUUGGUAGGUUUUUCCUAGAAAACGGGAUUGACUUCUGUGCUGUCUCGUCUCCUAGUUUUAAUAGCAUGAUGGGAAAUUUUCUACAAAGUUGUGAGAGUAAGCGGUUUAUCCCUAGCAUUGCUGAGCUCCGGGGUUGGAUUUUUGAUGAUGAGUUACACGAGAUAGAAAAUUAUGUAAAGAAGGUCCGGCUUACUUGGCCUCUUACUGGGUGUAGCAUUCUGCUUGAUGGGUGGACUGAUCAUUUGGGUAGGAGCCUGAUCAAUGUUGUAGUUGAUUGUCCAGAGGGGCCUAUUUACCUUCGAUCAGAGGAUGUUUCACCCUCAACAAAGGGUGCUAAUGCAUUGCAAGUGUUGCUUGAAGCUGUUCUGGAGGAAGUGGGCAUUCAAAAUGUUGUUCAGAUUGUUGCUCACACUUCCUCGGACUGUUUAGAGGAAAUUAGUAAGCAGCUGAUAGAAAAGCAUAGGUCGCUUUUUUGGACAGUUAGUGCAACGCAUUGCUUGUCACUUAUCUUAGACAAGAUUACGAUGAUUGAUUCAAUAAAGCUGACACUGGAUAAUGCGAAAACCAUUACUAAAUUCAUUUAUAGCCGUGCUGCAGUACUGAUGCUGUUGAGGAAAUAUGUUAGUAGUCAUGAUCUAGUUAGACCCUCUAGCAUUAAAUCUGCUACGCCUUUUUUGACAUUAGAGAAUAUUUUGUCUGAAAAGAGUAAUUUGGAGCUCAUGUUCACUUCCUCUGAGUGGUUGCGCUCGUCUUGGGCAUCAAGUGUUGAAGGUCAAUUGGUUACUACUUUGAUCAAUGAUAGCUCCUUCUGGGCGGGGGUUAACUUAGCUGUGAAAGCAUCCAUUCCAUUAGUGAGAGCUAUAUCCUUGAUUAAUGAGGAUGGUACACCCAAUAUGGGAGUCAUAUAUGAAACGAUGGAUCAAGUUAAAGAGACAAUCUGUGAGGAGUUUGGAAAUAAGAUAUCUAAGUAUACCCCAAUAUGGAAAAUAAUUGAUGAAAUAUGGAACACAAUUCUGCAUAGUCCCCUUCAUGCUGCUGGAUACUUCCUUAACCCAAGGCUCCAUUAUACUGAAGACUUUUUCUCUGAUACUGAAGUUGCAGGUGGCCUUCUUAUCACCAUCGUUCGGAUGGCUGCUAAUCAGUCUACCCAGGAUUUGAUAUCUCGGCAGCUUCAUGAGUAUGCAGACUGUGAAGGUGAUUUCAAAGUCGGAACUGAUAAUAACAGUAAAGAGAGAUUCUCUCCAGCAACUUGGUGGAUUCAUUUUGGGCGCCACUGUCCUGAUCUGCAAAAGCUUGCUGUCAGAAUCCUUAGCCAGACCUGCAACGGGGCUGAAGUUUAUGGUCUAAGAAGAGAUAUAGCUGAGAAACUGCUAUCAAGCAAACGAGAGAUCAUGGAAUACAACCGACUGCAUAACCUGGCAUACCUUCAUUACAAUCUCAAGUUAAAGCAAUUCAAGAUGAGGGCAAAAUUUGACAUUGUUAAUGAUGUAGUAGUUGACCCAUCAGAGGACUGGAUUGUAGAUGAAUCAUAUCAGGCUGGGGGAGAUGGCUCUGAGAGAACAUUUCAUACAAUCCUCGGCAUAGGUUCUGGCAGCACAAGCCUGAUAAAUACUCUCAAGGAAGGAGGCUCUUCUGGUGUUCCGCCAAAGGCAGAACCAACAUCUGAAGUCUAAUUUAUGAAGCCUCAGAAGAUCGAAGACAAGAGGGAGCCUUUGUAUUGGUGAAAUGUGCUCUUGUACACUAUUGUACACACACAUACUGAUGUACAAAAUGGUUCUGGCUCUUAAGUUAGAAGAUGAGUUUUGGCAUAUAAUGUCUGUCCAUUGUCUCCCUAAGUUUUAUUUUCCGCCCUUUUUAUAAUAGAAUCAGAAGACUAAUUAGAGUGAAAAGCUGCUGUUGUAGAAAAUUAGUUUCUUUAGUGUACUGUUCUGAUUUGCUACCAGAAAUUGCUGUUAGUAGUUAUAGGACUGUAGACAGACUAUAUUAGGAACUCUGAGAUAAUCAAAGAUUGUACAGUUUUAUUUACCUGUAUAAUACUUGUAUGAAAUCUUUUUCUUUUUCUUUUUCAAACUUAAGCCAUUUUUAACAAAAA